AUGCCGCCCUGGCGCGGAGGCGGGGUCCUGCCGCCAAGACUUCGAUCCCCGGGCCCCGCCCGGUGGGUCCUGGCCCCGGGGACGGCGACCGCGGGCGGGAUCGCCAGCACUGCCCGGCUUUCUCCCCGCGUCCUGCCGGCCUCGAGCCGGAGACUCUGCACCAGCCGCCCCCCUCCCCAGCACCAGCCAGCCUCAUCCGGCGCAUUCGAAAUAGGGCCCCCCCGCGGUCACUGCGAGCAGCUCUGGAGGCUGUUCGGGAACCCGCCCGGCCGGCAGUGGGGCAGGCGCGGCAGGGUGGGUCCCGGAGGUGCGCGGGCAGGUGUGGGGGGCACCCCCCACCCCGAGAGGCUAAAGGUGGGCCUCCGACAGCUGGACAUGUCUCUGCUCUGCCAGCUGUACAGCCUCCACGAGUCCAUCCAGGAGUACAAGGGGGCGUGCCAGGCGGCGGCCAGUGCCGAGGGCAGCUACGCCCUGGAGAACGGCUUCUUCGAGGAGGAAGAAGAGGAUUUCCAAGAGCAGAACCCGCCCCGAGGGGGCCGGGAACGAGGCCCCCCCAGGGACCUGUCGCUGCCCACCUCCGCCCUCUCCAGCGGGGACUGGAUUCUGGAGUCCAUCUAGACUCUAGAUUCUAGAAGGUCUCUGGAGGGAGGUGACUGGCUCCCAGAUGCACUGUGAGCAUUUGCUUCUCUUGCCCCUCUCUCGGGCCGUCCCCAGGCCUGUGGGACCAGUGCGGUGGCAGGGAGCCCUCCGCAGGCUCCGGCGGCAGUGCGCUUUCAUGGCCGAGGUUCUGCAGUACCCUGGACUCCCUGGCCCCGAGGCUCUGCUGCCGAGACUCAGGACGAGACCCGGGGAUCCCAGAGAAGGUCCUCACGGCGUUUCCUGCCAGACGACUUCUAGCCGGACCCUUCCCAACAGGCAGCAAACGGUCCGCACCCUCCACUGGGGGUUUGCCUCCAGUUCACUGUGUAUCGACACUUAACAUUUCACGCACCCUGCCUCAGUACCGUGCGCAGCAGCCUUUUCUGCUGUUUCGUGAGGCUUUCGAGCGUCUUGGUUGAGCUUUAUUUAUUUCUAAGCUGCACUACUAAACUGUCCCGGUGGCUCAGUGGAAGCUUUUUACUGAAAAAGUAAACCUAUCAGGUCACGCCAAUCAACUGCAUUCUCUUAACUUGUCAAAAUUUGUAUCACUCUUGCCCAUCAGCUUUAGGGGAAGGAGGGAGUACGAAGGUGUGUCGGACGGGGGACAGGUCAGGCUCCUGUUUCGUGCCCCCUGUCGGGUGGCCAGCGCUUCUCAUUUAAAACAUUCUGAAUGUUACCUGGAGGGAGUAGAGAGGGAACCCCCUUCUUCACUCAGAACAGCGAUCACCUUAAGCCUUAAUGUAUUUAUUAAAAUCCUUUAUGAACACUUUCCACUUUGCAGGCUACAAACGAGGAUAAAAUGUUGAACUCUC